AUGGAAGCUGACACGACGGAACCUAAAACUUACUCCAUCGUGGCAACGGGAACGCCAGCCCCGUUCGUUAGUGUUAGCCCGUUCCUUGAGGUCCUCAGCUCAAGGGUGGGAAAUGUAGAGCCCAACAGCUUAAUAGAGGUUCUCAGCCGCACGAUUUACGGAUCAAACAUGAUCUUGGGGGCAGGCGGAAGUCUACCAACAACCUACAGAAUUUGUUAUGCAGUAUUUCAGGGACUGCCGAUCCCAGAAGAGCUUGCCGAGGACGAUUUUAACUACAAAGAAAUCACAGAUCACUUGGAAUUCAUGAAAAUACCCGUGUCGUAUGAAAGCGUCACGAAAUGUUACCGGGAAACACUGCAACACGCCAAGGCUACAAAAGGCCUAAUUACAAAAAUCGUCAUUCAUAGACAACCCUUUGAUGAGGCCACCUUCAAGGAGGCAAACCGCCUUCUUACCUACAAUGAUGAUCCCAGCCCGCAAGAGCCUUGGGCCGCCCACGGCGGCGGCGGAAAGUAUCGUCAACGGGGUACGGCCCAUGACCAGCGUUUCUUGGAUGGCUCUCAGAUCCCCUCUGCAAUGCUCGGCAUGAUCAACGAGCUUGCGACGGAAAUGAUAUCCCUAGACAUGACCCCGCUCCCGCCCAAACAGGAGGAUGUCCAAGAAAGGAUCUGGAGAGCCUGCCGAUUCUGCCACCGCUUCAUCCUUAUUCGCCCGUUUAUGGAUGGAAACGGGCGUAUGUACCGUUUGUUCCUGACUACCCUCCUCCUCAGAGCUGGCGUAUGCCCUGCGGUUUAUGGACUUUCUAUCUAUGAUCGAAUGAGACAUUUGCAAGCUGAAACCAGUUGCUACAUUCAGGACAAUCAGAUGUUGCUAAACGCGGCAGAUCUUGUCAUCUUUGGGCCCAGUCAACAGCUGGUAAAGUUUGUUAACGAACAUACAUAUUGCGGGUGGGAGAGCCCGGGCAAUCACAUGUUGAAAUUCCUACACGCCACGGGCCAGAGCACGGGUCAAGGGCUGGAAGAUCCUGCAGCGUCAAAGAUGCAUCCUCGAUAA